CAAAUUACCUAUAAUUUAAAAUGUGCGCGCGCAUGCUCUUACAAUUCAGCGCUUUAGCGCUUUGUACAGCCUUAUCUAUCAAUAACAAAAAAAUAUUCAUGUAUUGUAAUACUACCGUGGUAGAUGAAACAUAGGUACACCAAGGAAUACCUGUUACCUAUAGAUAUCUACUACCACCUACUUUCGGAUAUCUGGGUAAAUGUUCUGUAGGAUAGAAUUACAGAGGAAGACCUAGAAAGACGUAGUACUUAGGUAAACCAUAUUAGGGUGAUCUCAAGAAAGUACGUACUACUCUGAACCGGCGCUCGUGUAUGAAACAAAUGAGGAAAUUGGAGGAAGCAAGAGAAGUAUGUCAGGAUCGAAGGAAAUGGAAAAUAUACGUGAGUUUAUGUAUUUAGGAAAAAAAUCUAGCGAUAUAAAAAUAUGACUAUAAGAGGUGAGCAUCGGAAGUCAGAACCGUUACGCUUCAAUCGGAUAUUUGCAAAAAACAUAAUUAUAAGUAUUCUACCUACAUAAUGUAAUAAUGAUUGACUUCCGGCAUAGAAUAAGGCAUAAAUACUACGUCUUCCGGUGCGUCGAAAAUCACCUAGUUUUUAGGAUUAGAUACCAAAAUGGUAAAAAGAACCUCAUGACUGCAUGCGUGACUCUACAUCUGUUUGACUCAUUAUCUGAGGAACUAUUAAUGAAUUAAAAAGUAAUGAAUAAAUACAUAAUUUAUUAUGAAUACCUGUUUAUUGUUGUUUAUAAUUAUUAAUAAUUUAUUAAUUAAUUAUCAUUAGAGUACCUGCUCUGUACGUACACCUGUACGAAAGAUCAUCGAAUUCAAGUAAGGUAGGUACUUCAGCAAGUUAUACAUAUACCAACUAUACCUUGGUCAGUACGUACCUACCAACGUAUAAUUUAAAGUAGUUAAAAGGUAAUUCUAUAGCGCUGAAAUAGCUGCAAAAACAAAUUGACUGAUAUCGUACGAUCCGUGCGUAAGGGAAACAUAACCUCAAAGGCACGGUUAAAUAAUGCAACCGAACUGUUUUUAUACAUGGACGACUGUUCAGUACACUCUCCGCAAGCGUCGUCGGAAGCAGUCGACAAUGAUUUAGUCGUUCAUCCGUUAUUUUAAUUCAGGAUUUAUUAUCCAUCUGUAAUAGUUUAGUACGUAGCACAAUAUGGGUGUUUUGAACUAGGUCAAACUUCAAGGACGCCGUGACGUUAAUAUUCCCGUCAAAUAAUGAUACCGAGAAGAAAAUAUAGAUUUUGAAGACUGAAAGUAUUGUGUGUGUCGUCCAUUUGACAAGGUAGAGCUGUGGUUCGUGAAUUACAGAGCCGGUUUCGAGUUCGCGCAUCAAACAUCUAACCAGUUGAAAUGUCGGCGCCAGACCAGACAGUGUUCGGGAUUUGGGACUAUGUCAUCAUGGCAGCGACCAUGGUGGCGUCGGUCGCCAUCGGCCUCUACUUCCGAUUCACAGGCGGGAAGCAGAAGACCAACGAGGAGUACCUCCUAGCGGAUAGGAACAUGUCAAUAUUCCCAGUGGCUGUAUCAUUGAUGGCUUCCUUCAUGUCCGCCAUCACACUACUCGGAGUGUCUGCGGAAAACUAUUAUUACGGAAUGAUUUUCGUCGUCAUCAACAUAUCAUAUGGGAUCGCUACACCUAUAGCCACUCAGCUUUUUCUACCUGUGUUCUUCGGACUUCAGAAAACCAGUACUUAUGAAUACUUAGAACUGAGAUUUGGACCACAUUUGAGAUUGCUUGCGUCGCUCACUUAUACGUUACAAAUGCUACUGUAUAAUGGAAUAGUGUUGUAUGCACCAGCAAUAGUGCUGGAGUCUGUGACUGGAUUGAACAGACUGGUAUCAAUACUAGUGGUGGGGUUGGUAUGUACGUUCUACUCGACGUUAGGCGGGAUGAAGGCAGUGCUGUUCACUGAUAUCUUGCAGUCCCUGCUGAUGUUCUUCGCUGUGUUCAGUGUGGUAAUCUUCGCCGCCGUUGAAGUCGGAGGUUUUGGCGAAAUAUUCGUAUUGGCGAAAGAAGGCGGACGCUUAAAUUUCACGAAUUUCAGCGUUGAUCCAACAGAACGACACACGUGGUGGUCGUUAAUAAUCGGUGGAAUGUUCACAUACUUGUCUUUAUACGGUGUCAAUCACACGCAGGUGCAACGUUUGCUGACAGUGAGCACGCUGAAGCGGUCGCAAAUCUGCCUGUGGUGGGCAUGGCCAGUCACUUCGGUGCUCAGCAUCUCCACCUGUCUCGCUGGCCUCGGAAUCUACGCCGUGUACAGACAUUGUGACCCGUUUACCACAGGCGAAAUUACUGCGAUAGACCAGCUGAUGCCUUACUUCGUGGUCAACAAAAUGAGGAACGCCCCAGGUCUGGCGGGUCUGUUUGUUGCUGGUAUCUUUAGUGCGUCUCUCUCUACUAUCUCUUCUGCGUGCAACUCCCUCGCUGCCGUCACCUUACACGAUUACGUUGGCAAAUGGUGCACAGUGCGGUCGUCGUACGUGCCGUGGCUAACGAAGCUGAUGGCGUGCGUGUACGGGCUGGUGUUCCUCGCGCUGGCGUUCCUGGCGGAACAUUUGGGCGGAGUGCUACAGGCAGCACUCACAAUCUUCGGUGCUGUCGGCGGUCCGCUGCUUGGUGUCUUCACGCUUGGAAUGUUCACCACAUUCGCCAAUGAAGCGGGCGCCAGUGUUGGUCUGGUAAGCGGGAUGGCGCUGACGCUGUGGAUGAGUUUCGGCAGCCCUCGGCCGGGGCCACCCAAGCUGCCAGUGCAGGUGGAUGGAUGCCCCUUCAACGCCACACUGCCUAAUCUUACCCCUGUAGACCCCAGCGACUACUUCUAUCCCUACAGGAUCUCAUACAUGUGGACCAGUCCUAUAGGGUUCCUGUGGGUGAUGGUGGCUGGUUCGCUGGUAUCACUGAUAUGGCGUCAGCAGCAGCCAUGGCAGCGCGCCGGCCAUGCGUAUCCCGACCCCGCGCUCUUCACGCCGCCGCUCGCUAACAUACUGCGCAAACGCAAUCAAUACGACCACAAAUCCGCCGUCCAGAUGGACGAUAACUUUGUGCAUUAAACCCGGGUUGCCUGCGUUGGACUUGUUUGGGAGACGCUACAGUGCGAACUGCUGAAAACCAUCAAAUCAGACGAUUAAUUAUCCUGCUGCAUUGUUGCUCUUAGCUUAAUUUAAUUUAUCAUACCUACAUAGUUUAAUUUUAUCAUAUUACGUAUAUUAAAGUAAGGCGCAAAGUUCAUUUAAAAUCGAAAACCAAUUGUUUCAUUAUUGUUUCCGGGAAUCUUGGCGUUACGAGGUUAACUAAAUAAGUAGGUUCAUUUUGUAAGUUAAUAUAUUUUUUUAUUUAAUUGAAGUUACCUAUUAUACAUUAGGUAUAUCAUGAAAAGACGGAAAUAGGCUUGGCUUAUUAUUACACUUAAGUAGGUUUUUUAAUUCACUUGAAUUACGGUUAAAAACCGAUAAGUAAAAAAUAUAUUUGUAGAUGUAAGAUGACAAUAAUUUAUUCAUACUUGUAUUAUUUACACCUCAAAUCAUAGCAAAGACAAAGAUAAAUCAUGAAAAUAUUUAUCUAAUAAGUAAUUGUAUUUUAGAGACCAUAACAUGUAAUUGUUUUACAAGGCAUGAAACAUCGAGGUUUACAUGAUAUUAGGUAGGUUAUAUUCGAGAAAAUCAUGUAAUUUAGACGAAAUGAAAACUUAUUUCUUAGCAUUUAGAUAAACAUGAUGUUAGUAUUUGAAAUCAUACACGUUAUUUAUAUAGGUACUUAAUCUAGAGCUGCAUGUCUGUGAUAGCAAACACGUUCUUCCAUAGUUUUAGACCAAGCCAUGCUUGCUUCUAACAUGUAAUCGUUGAAUAGUUGUUGAUAAUUAUUAUGAAUGUUGUCUGUUAUAAAUGUAAGUACUCAAGGGGGUAAAAUUCCUAAAUGUAUAUUGAACAUAAGUAUAACAUAAAUAGACCAUCAAUCAACCGGAGGGGUAUGGUUUAUACAAUUAUUACCACAAGGCCAAUGUAUUUGUAUUUAAUGUAUGUUUUUUAUUUUGUAGAUAUUAAAAUGAAAUUUUUAACUCAACACGACGCCACGGCACGAAACUUAGUCACGAAUUUCGUGCGUAUUUUAGUAUUUAAUUUAUUUACUAAAAUAAAAAUUCUAACUUGAUUAUCAGUUUCAUUGUCAAAAUAUUAUUAUAUUGAUGCGUUCCGUAGAUGAAAUGUUAUAUAAAAAUAUCUACAAGUGUAGUGAUAUUUAGCAUUUUACGAAUAGGUACCUACACAUAUGUAGAAGCGUAUUUCGGAUUUAACUCCGUAAUUUGAUCAGUUUGGUAUAUGGUUGUUGAAUUAUAUUUAAUUGCCGUUGUAGAAAUACACCUACGUACCUACAAAUAAGUAUGAUAUUCCCUUGUGUUAUUAAUAUACUUUAUUAAGGUAUCUUUGUUUAUCUCAUGUGAUGGUUUCGAUAUUAGUUAAAAAAUAUACAUAUAUUAAAACACAAAAGUACCUUUGCACUUUUUAAUGCUAAUUAGUAAUCCUACUUACUUAACUGUCUGUUCUGGGACCACACAAAUCUGAAUACUUACGUACUAAGUAGGAUCUAUUAAAAAAAGACAGUAUUCCUUAAGUACUUAUUCGGUUUAUUCCUCGUUCGUCCUGAAGUUUUGUCCCACAUUCCAAAAAAUUCUUAGUUCGUCCCAUAUCAAUUUUGAAGUCUUGCUUCGUCCCAAAUUAUAAGUAGGUACUUUAAAGGUAUAGUCAACAAAAAAUAAUACUUACUUACUUAUUUUUUUAAAGUUAAAUACCAAUAAAACAAGUCUUAUCAUUAAAAUAUAAAUCACUUUUAUUAUUCAGUAUCACAUUCAAAAUCACAGAAAUGUUAUGUUAUAAUAAUUUUAAAUAAAUACAGAACAGUCAGAUCUAUGAGAAACAAUAAUUAGGCAAUAUUUACAAUUAAAAAUAUAAAAAAAUGAUUUAUUAAGUUUUAUUAUAAUAAAAUAAUACGAGUAAUAUUUAAAAUAAUAGGUAAUCCUUUUUUGCUGAUUGUACAAUAUAGUAAGUUUGGCAUAUAAAAAAUACAUGGGCCGUAUAAGGAAUACAAAAUGGGACGAAGUAGGAAUAAAAUAUUUAAAAUUAUAUUUUGGGACGAAGGAAGAAUAUUGUUCGGGACGACAUAGGUUUUUUUAUGUGGGACAAAACUCAGUGGGACAAACGAAGAAUAAAUCACUUAUUCAUGCAAGUUUUGAUAAUAAUGUGAUGUAUCUUAAUUCAUUAUUUUAUCUAUGAAUUUAUUUAUUAUUUUUUAUGAAUCUGGUUGUAAUCAAAUUUUUAGAUGAGGUAGGUUGUAUUAUUAUGUGUGUGACACAGGAGUCAACUUGGUGAGAAAUAAAAAUAAAUGCUGAAAACGA